AUGUUCCCCAAGAUCACCAGCCUCCUUUCCUCGGCCCUCGUGGCCAGCGCCGCCACUCUCCCUACCGUGGUUUUCACCCCGGGCGCCUGGCACGGUCCGCAAUCCUUCGACCUCGUCCGCGCCGGUCUCACGCUCAAGGGCUACGAGUCCGAGGCCAUCACCCUCCCUUCCGUCGGUGCGGAGCCCGCGACCGUCGGCCUCGAGAAGGACGCCGCCGUCCUGCGGUCCACCAUCGAGACUCUCGCCGAUGCCGGCAAAGAGGUCGUCGUCGUCGUCCACUCGUACGGCGGCAUGGUCGGCGGCAACGCCAUCGAGGGGCUCGGCUACAAGCAGCGCGCCGCCAACAAUGAAAAGGGCGGCGUCAUCAUGCUCGUCUACCUCGCCGCCUUUGCUGCCCCCAACGCCACCAGCCUGUUGGAUAUGCUGAACGGAGAAUACCUCCCCUGGAUGAGAGCCGAGGGUGACAAGGUCUACGCUGAUACCCCAGAGACCAUCUUCUACGCCGACGUCGACCCGGUCCUCAAGGCCAAGGCCAUUGCUGAGUUGAGCUGGCAGUCCGCCCGCGUCUUCUCCGACCCCGCAACCUACGAGCCGUGGAACGAGGGCAUCGAGGUCAUGUACUUCCACACCCAGCAGGACCAGGCCAUCCCUCUGGCCACCCAGGAGGCCAUGGCCGCCCAGUUCCCCUCCGGCUACACCACCUUUUACGCAAACACCUCGCACUCCCCCUUCCUGUCCCGCCCGGACCUUGUCAUCGAGGGUGUCGAGCUCGCCGUCAAGGUCGGCCAGGAGAAGAUUGCGGCUUAG